GAUAAUUUACGGAUCGUACAUAUAAAUACCGAUUUUCGUUUACAUGUGAAAAGGUUGUUGCGAUAUCUUUUUUUUUGCUUACCAAAAUGAGCUUUUGUAAAAAUAGAUUUUUGCGCCGAAUACAGAUUUUAGAAAAAAUAACCUGGCAACGCUGAUCGCAAAUGUCAAAAAAAGUUUUGGUAAAUAAGCGGUUGCGAUUCUGCUGCACACGAGAAUAAUAUUUUUUGUGUUGUUUUCAAUGUCUGCUUCCGUUUCGGACGAUGUUAAUUUGUGUCGUUUGUGUUUGACUGACGAUGGAGUCAUGUAUCCAAUAUUCAUCGAUGGAAAAUACGAUUUAGUUCAGAAAAUUUUCGAUUGCACUUCGAUACAGGUUGAACAGAUUGCAGGUGUUCCCUCGUCAAUAUGUGAGGUAUGCAAAUCAAAGCUAGUGAUUUGCUCGCAGUUCAUACGCCAAUGUGUGAAGACGGAUGCAGAAAUAAAACACAUUUACGCUAAAAAUUAUGAUCUGCAUCAAUUAAACUUUGUUAGAAACGGAGCAACAAUCGAAAGCCAACAGAAGUUUGCAAAUGCAGAAAUCGAAAUCAUCGAUGUUCCAUGCUCAAACAGCGAUUUGCAAACGAAUGAGUUGAUUGUCAAUGCACGAGAAGACGAUGGAUCAAUUGUCUUUGAAAUCAUUGAGCAGUCACAGUCGGAUAAAACGGAUGAGCUGUGCGAGAAAACUAUAGUAGAACUUAGUACUGUAGCUGACGAUGAGGAAAAGCAUGAUACAGUUCCGAAAAUAAUUAUAUCACCAGUGCAGAGAAAAGUAUCAAGUGAUGCUCAAAAGCCUAAAGUAAACCGUGGAAUUCGACGGAAAACAUUCGGUAAGAACAAAAAGGUUCAAAACAACUCGGAGUUCGUUGAUAGUAAAAGCAGUAUUAAAAAAUACAAAAAAGAAUGUCCGGUUUGUCAUGUUCCGCAACAGAACUUGAAACAGCAUAUGGAUGUUCAUUCUGGGAUUAAGAAGCAUGUUUGCCAAUUCUGUAACAAAGCAUUCGCUCAGAGAGGUAAUUUAACAUGCCACUUGAAUAUUCACACUGGAAAUAAGCCACACAAAUGUGAGCAAUGUGGUAAAAGUUUCGGCGAUCCAACUUCUUUAAAAUCGCAUAAAAUCAAUCAUACUGAUGAGACUAUCUUUCAAUGUGAUAUUUGUAAUAAAAAGUUCAAAUACCGCCAUUCUUUACGAACCCACAUUAGAAGUCACAAUGACGAUCGUAGACAUGCUUGUACUUUUUGUAGCAUGGCGUUCGUUACUAGUUCCAGCUUGAAAAAACACGUACGGAAGCAUACGGGCGAGCGCCCCUACAAAUGCGAACAAUGCUUCAAAUCUUUCUCGACCUCAUUUAAUCUGAAAACGCACAAGAAAGUCCACGCAAAAAAUCCGCAAACUCGCUUGAAGGAUUCGAACACAACUGUGCAGAAAAGUUAACAUUGUUUGUAUAUUGAUUCUAAACUGUGAUCAUAGCCGAAAAAAGUCAAUGCACGGAGAUAAAUG